GCGCCCAAGGAGCCGGAAUCGCGCCCAACUUUCCUUCCUCGCCCCCAAACCCCGCUGCCCCCCCCGAACGAAAUCCUCCAGGAAAAAAAGCCCCCACCGAGCGAGCGGAGGACACCGAGAUGGCGGCUCGGCGGCUGGCCGGCGCGGGCCGCGCGGUGCUGUCGCUGCCCAACGUCCGGCGGCGGGCGACCAACUCCUGGGCCGCCGUCCGCGACACCUUCUUCUCCACCAAGGAAGUGUUCGAGAGCCACCGCGUCGUCUUCACCGUCGGCACCUCCAUCGCCUCCGUCCUCACGGCCUGGGCCGGUUAUUCUAUUCGUCAUAUGCAGCAAACAAAGAUCGACAAGAGGCUUCAUUCGAUUGAGCAAUCUUUGAGGGACACCCACAAAGUUGAACAUGAUGAGAUCAAAAAGAUUGUUACCUCCUAUAAUAUUAGCACUUCAGCUUGUAUAGCCACUGCAUUGACAACUACGGUUGUUGGGUAUGCCCUGGGGUGGCGCGGCGGAGCCUGGUACGCCCGGAGGAUCGUCCGGAGGGAGCAGCAGAAGCUGAUGGGCCAAAUAAAGUCGCAGAACAGGUGGCACUGGCGACCCUUCAGCAAGCUGAGAACCCGGUUCAGGAGCAACCGGCACGCCUCCAAGAGCUCCGACGCCCCUCAACUCCCGGGCAAGGAUGCAUCGGCCUCAGCCAACAAGGGCCAGGGCGCCGAGGCCCUUUCGAAUAACGCCGCCUCUGCUAACGUCGGCGGUGGCUCUCAGCCGGCACCGGCAUCGGCUGCGGCUGGCUGCAGAUGACUCCGAUAAUAGAUGAUGUGCCUGAUAAUAGAGGGCAAAGAUGCUAAGAAGUUGUAGGUUUAUAUACAUGGACUGACAGUCGAUGAGCCAGUCACUGCUAAUCCUUUGCCAAGGAAAAAAAUAUAUUGUCGGCCUUAUCCAGUGGUGGAUAAUUUUGUAGCGUUAGCGAGGAAACCAUCUGGUUGAUUUUUGACAAGUAUAGUAUGGAGUAUCACUUAUCCGUGCGAUA